AUGAAGGAUAAAAAUUCUCCUGAACGUCGUGCACAUGCUGAUUCAGACGACGAUGAAAAUAUUCAUAUCGAUGCCAAUGAUGCCUUCGAAAUCAUCGAUGUUGAUUCAUCAGCAGAAAAUCACUUAGAUGCGUUGGAUAUCGAUGAUCCUAUGGAAGAUGAACAUGGACAAGAAGAAGAAGAAGAAGAAGAUGAUUCGUUAUUGAAACUUUCUCAUCAUAAACCAGACAGUUCAAUCUUUACAGUAUCAAUCGAUCCUCGAACACAAGCUCGUGUUUGUUCCGGUGGUGAAGACGAUCGUUGUCUUGUUUGGCGUUUAGAUACCGGUGAACUAAUACAUGAGUAUCCGCCAUUCGACGACAGUGUACAUCAAGUAUGCUGGAGUUUCGAUGGUAAAUACUUAUGUGCAUGCGACAUGCGUGGUCAAAUCCGUUGUUGGACCGAUAAUGCUGACGGUAUUCCGACAACUGAAGUUUGGUCCUUCCAUACGGGUAACGAUAUUGAAUUAAUGCGCUUUCAUCCCUCGGCACAUGUUCUAUUUGUUGGAACUAAUGAUUCACAAUUAUGGUUAUUUAAAAUUCCAUCAGGAGAAUACAAAAUUAUGCAUGGUGGUGGUGAUACAGAAAUUACGACAUUAGAAGUCCUUUCAAAUGCAAACGCAUCUUUCAUCGAUACUCUCGACACACGUAAACAAUGUAUCAGUGGUUAUGGCAAUGGUCAUAUCAAACUGUGGGAUUUGAAACAAUGUUCAAUUGUUUGGCAGUAUGACAACAGUGGUGAAGGUGAUGCUGCUGCCGCUAACAACAAUAAUAAUAAGUGUAUUUCAAUGUGUUUAAACGAUGAACAGACAUUAAUAGCUUGUGGUUCAGCUGAUGGAAACUGUCGAGUGCUUAAUUUAAACAACGGCAAACUACUCUCAUCAUUUGCUUGCUUUCAACCAUCAUUAACAAAAUCAUCGACCAGAGGUGACGGGGUCGAUGACGAUGAUGGUGGUGAAGAUGAUGAAGACGCUGGUAGUAAUGAGGAUGAAACAGCAAGAAGUGUUGAAAGUGUGAUAUUCGGAACCGGUCAUUUACUUAUAUGUGGUACUCUAUCUGGUUAUAUUUACAUUUGGGAUAUAAAUACUAAACAGCUACGUUCUACACUGAAUUUACAAAGUGGUAUUGUUAAAUGUUUAUUAAAUGAAGGUUAUCUUCUCUAUACAGCAUGUCUUGAUGGUCAUAUUCGUUUGAUGGACAUCAGAAAUGGUGAACCAUUAAAAGAAUGGAAAAGUGGUGGUGGUCAAGAUUGUGGAAUAAUGGAUAUGGUCAUUACGAAAGAUAAGCGACAUAUACUUUGCGCGUAUACGCAAGGUUUAUGUCGCGUAUUUAAAUUAAAAGAAUAA